GCGAGUCUAGGAGAUGUUGACUGAGCGGGCAGUAAAAGUUCGACUUGUACUGCAUCCUUGCCUCCGUGUAUUAUUGGUGAAACAACCAGUAAGCAACCCACGCUUAGUGACAACACUACAACAGUGUAACAGAGCAUAAAGCCACAACAUGGUGUCAGAAGACGGAGUUACGGAGUAAGUCAAGGACAGUAUUCAACACGUGUUGACCGAAGAUAAGCGGCAAGCUAACGGGAGCUAACACAGCCGACAUGGAGCAGUUCAGGCCACCGUCUCCGCUGAUAAUCACGGGGAACCUCGCUGAAAACUGGCGCAGGUGGGAGCAGCGUUUCCAGCUCUAUAUGGUUGCUUCUGGCGCGGUGGAUAAAAAUGAGGGGGUUAAAAUUGCCAUCCUGCUCCACACUGUCGGCGAAGAGGCGCUGGAAGUGUAUAAUACACUUGCCAUUACCCCAGAAGGGGAGGAAGCAACGAUGGAGGAAGUUUUGGAAGCAUUCAGAGGCUACUGCAGUCCACAAAAGAACGUUGUUUUUGAACGCCAUCAGUUUUGGUCACACACAAUGUCAUCAGGAAUAUCGGUGGACAGAUUCAUCACAGAACUACGUCAAAAGAGCAAGAACUAGCAAUGGAAACAUGUAGAUCAGCAGAACUCGCCAAGUCACAAAUACAAGCGAUGCAAGCGUCACCUGUUGUCCAUGAUGCCUCAGUGGAUGCAUUGAAUAGAGCAAGAGUGCAAACACGCAGCUGGGACAAGAACAAACCAAGCUACAAGAAGCAGGUAACGACUGUGUGCCGUAAAUGCGGAAACAAGCAUGAGCCUCGUCAAUGCCCAGCUUACGGCGCUGUGUGUCAUAAAUGUGGAAAAAAUAACCACUUUUCAAAGGUGUGUAGGGGUGGCUAUGAGAAAAAUAGCCAUUGUAAGACAAAGACUGUAAACAAUUUAGAAAAAGAAAUGGACUGUUUAUACAUAGGCAUGAUUGGAAAUGGAACCAAGAAAUCAGCACACCAAACAAGGGACACUGUAUGGCACGAAACAGCCACGAUCAGAGGUGUUGCAAUCGACUUCAAGCUGGACACUGGUGCUGACGCUAAUGUGCUGCCCAGGCAGCUAUACCAACAGCUACCAGGUCCCGUUCAGCUGCGUCCAACAAAGACUGUGUUGAUAGCUUUUGGAGGGGCACGCCUGACAGCAGAUGGUGUUGCAUCUUUAGAAUGCAGAACGUCUAAACGCAAGGCUGUGCUGGACUUCCACGUGAGUAGCCAAGCAGACAAGCCAAUUCUAGGAGGGGAGGCUUGUGAAGAGCUGCAACUGGUGAAGAGAAUGGGGUCGCUCGCGGCAAAGGCUCCACAACAACAACAACCGCCAGCCACCAAAGAGGAGCUACUACUAAGAUAUGCUGAUGUAUUCACAGGAUUGGGGGAAUUUCCUGGAGUUCAUCACAUACACGUUGACCCCAGCGUCACUCCUGUGAUUCACGCAUGCAGGAAUGUACCCCUCUCCAUCAUGGAUGCGCUGAAAGUGACAAUCAAAGACUUACAAAACAGAAAAGUGAUAACACCGGUGAAUGAACCAACAGAAUGGGUGAACAGUCUUGUUGCCACUAAGAAAAAGAACGGGUCGCUGAGGGUGUGUUUGGAUCCUUGCAACCUGAAUGAGGCAGUCAAGCGCCAGCAUUACUCCAUUCCUACUCCUGAAGAUGUGCGCAGCAGACUGGCUGGAAAAUCCAUCUUCUCCAUCUUGGAUGAGAAGGAUGGGUACUGGCAGAUCAAGCUAGAUGAGCCAUCAUCUAAGCUCUGCACCUUCAACACGCCGUGGGGACGCUUUCGCUUCCUCAGGCUACCAUUUGGGAUUAAGUCGGCCAGUGAAGUCUUUCAACAAAAGAAUUGUGAGACCUUCGGCGACAUUCCAGGUGUGUACGUCAUAGCAGACGACAUGAUUAAAGCAGCAUCAUCAGAGCAAGAACAUGAUGAAAUCCUGCAGAAAGUAAUGGAGAGAGCAAAGUCUGCCAAUGUGAAAUUUAACAAAGAAAAAAUCCAGUUCAAAGUGAACACAGUAAAAUAUAUGGGACACAUCAUCACGGCAGCAGGACAGAGGGCUGAUGACGCCAAGACCACAGCAUGCAAUGACAGUGGCAAUCUCAAUGAGAACCCUUGUGAUGAGAGAGUUGUGUAUGCCUUGGAAGCCACAGACGCGCUGAGUAGCGAAACACUUAGCCAGCUGAAAUCAGCAACGGCAGCGGAUGGCGUGUUACAAGCUGUAUGUGAGAAACACUUGAAGGGUUGGCCCAUGAAAAAGAAAAGUCUGGACAGUAAACUACACAGUUACUGGCCAAUGAGGGACAAUAUCAGCAUCGUGAAUGACAUUGUGAUGGUCGGAGACAAAAUCAUAAUACCCGAGUGCUUCAAGAGAGUGAUUUUGGAGAAGCUGCACCUUGCACACCAAGGCGUGCAGCGUACUAAAGCUAAAGCGAGAAAAGUCCUUUACUGGCCUGGCAUGACACGAGACAUAGAGACAAUGGUGGAAAAAUGUGUGCAGUGCCAGCAGCUACAGCCCAAACACCAGGCUGAGCCACUAAUUCCACACCAGGUUCCUGAACUGCCAUGGAUGAAAGUUGGAGCUGACAUCUUCGAGCUGCAUGGUCAGUCAUACCUGCUGUUGGUGGAUUGCCUGACAAAAUAUCCAGAAGUGCUCAACCUGACUGAUAAAACAGCUCGCACGGUGAUUCAGAAGAUGAAGUCUGUCUUUGCCAGACAUGGGAUACCCAAGGAGGUAGUGAGUGAUCAUGUCCCAUUCGCCAGCUAUGAGAUGCAGUCAUUCGCAGCUUCAUGGGAGUUCAAGCUCACACACUCCAGCCCAGGUUUUCCCUCUUCGAAUGGAAUGGCGGAGCGGGCCAUUAAGACAGUAAAACACGCGCUGAAGAAAGCAGUGCAGACUGGCACUGACCCACAUCUAGUGUUGCUGUCGCUGAGAAACACACCGGUGACAGGACUAAACCUGACACCUGCACAAAUGUUGAUGGGUAGAGUCCUGCGCAGCACACUUCCAUGUUCCAGUGCUGUGCUGAAACAGUCAUCCCCACAGCAUAUUCUCGAAAGAAUACAGGACUUGCAGUCCCGGCACAAGCAACGCUACGACCAGCGUGCAAAGCAACUGCCAGUGCUGACCCCAGGAGACACGGUACACAUGCAGACGCGACGCGGCUGGGAGCCAGCGGUUGUCAUCAGGCAGCGAGAUGAACCACGCUCCUACACUGUACAGACGCCGGCAGGGAGGACACGCAGGAGGAACAGGCGACAUCUGAGGAAGAUACACCCAAGCCUGUUCAAAGACUCUCACCCUGAUGAACAUUUGGACUCUGAGUUUCAACAUACUCAGGCUACUGCAACAGUGGACUCACCACCACUGGAACCGGUACCACGCAACCCUAGUCCUGUGCCUGUGGACGGCAUGCCCACAUGCUAUACCAGGAGUGGCAGAGCAGUUAGGCGCCCUGCCAGGUACACUGAAUGACAAAGUGAUGUUGUUACUCCAUGUUAAGAAAGAAAGAGAUGGAGAAAUUAAAGUGUGGAUGUUUUGUGUUUAUCGUGGAGUGUUAUAAACUGUUAUAGGUUCGAAAGAAAAAAAAAAAGAAAAAAGAUUGUUGAAAGCCAUUUGGGUUGUUGAAACAUGAUUUGUUUGUAAUUGAUAUAUGCAUGUCAAAAUUGUGAUCAAUGUUGAUACCAAAGAGUUAAGGUAACCGAUACUAGAUAAGCUACUUCUCAGUUGGAAAAGAGGGAUGUGGUAGAUUGGAAUCGAGCACUCGGUGCUCGACUGUGUGGUCUGUCUGUAUGGCGAGUCUAGGGGAUGUUGACUGAGCGGGCAGUAAAAGUUCGACUUGUACUGCA